AUGAGAGAGAGAGAGAGGCAUACGUUGUGGUGGGUUGGUAUUGAAUGGGCCAUGGUUGGUGGUGGUGGAGGUUUGAGGAGAGGCGAAGACUGCCCAUGGAAACUUGGAAAUGGAAAGAGGGAUGCGGGACCCACCAUAACCCGAUACGGACAGAAGCAGUCGAGCCCAGAAUCAAGAUUCAUACUUUAG